CUCGCGGCUUACGAUAUUGGGCGUCGGUAACUAACCUUUUUACCUGCACUGCUACCACGGACAUAUACGACCCAAUGACCUAGAUGUCCUAAACCGAUUAAGAACAGUCGAGGCGACGAAAAUACGAGUGAUAUAACGUGAUAGGAUGAGCAGCCCGGAAAUAACGAGAAAAUAGGGGCGUUUUGGGAAGUGAUGCUUGAUAUUUAGCGAAAAAGUCCUAGAUGCGUGUUUGUCGGUGUCUCUAGGCACACCAACAUAUUAUAAAUCCAAAAUUGCGCUUAUGACUAAAGGCCAAGACUGUGUAUUCGAGAAUACGUGCGCAGUUAGUUGCCCUGUAUGCAAGAGAUUGUCGUCGCUUCAGUUCGCGCCCUGGGUACGAUCUUCAGGGUUAUCAUGGCUAUAUGUACUGGGUCGAUACCGAGGGGUAUCCUCGAAAUGCCGCAACAAUGACUUGCAGUCUCCAAGCAAUACAUAUUAAAUGUCCGAAUCCUACCCUUUAAGUACCAUGUCUCAUUCACACGUGGACUCGGAGAUCGGAUUAAGCAGGAACUCUUCCGUCCGCGGUAUGAGGCAAGGUAUAGACGAGCAUAAUAAUUAUUAUGCGGAGAGAGCCUGGCGUUAUGCAGAUCACAUCGCAGCUCGUGCCAAUCAUGGGCAGAAUCGGUACCUAUUCUGUGGCUCGCAUUUCCGCGCUCUAUGUGAAUUAGUGUCAAAGUCAGCACCUAAUAAUCCAAAGAAGCCACUGGAGUUUGACUAUGUUGUCUGUUGCGACUUUAGCGGCGUCUCAGUCGGUACGGAGUCUGCACGCCGUCAGAUUCAAACAUUCGAUACCACGGCCAGUGGCUUAGAUUCCUUCGCAUCUCUCACCGAUCCUGCCCCUCAAACCACACGCGUUUUGUUCUUACGAGGGCACCCGUCUGCAGAAUGGAUCAAAGUGCUCGGCGCGCAGCAGCGCAUCGAGUUUGAGUACUUCCGGCAGAAGCUACCCUUUUUAGACAAAGACUACCAUGAUAUACCGGCGUUGCCGUCCAACUCGCAGAAUAUCUUUCAUCUAAAUAUCAUGACUGUGUAUAAGCGACACCGAGCCUUGAGAUGGUCCCAGGUGGAUAAGCUGCGAAAGGCCGAGAAGAAAGCCGUUUCUAAAUAUCAGCGUUCGCAGUCGUAUGUUGGAGACUCAAUUGUGAGGCGCGUCUGUAUCUUCGACGAGUCCGAAUUUGCCAUUGAGCAAGAUAUUUCGAUAUGUAUCGUAAAUCAGCGUGGUCGCGGGAAGACAGGGAAGACUGCUAUCGUAUGGUUAGAUUCCGGCCGUGAGCUUUGCCACGACAGUGAGGCGCCGUGGGAAUGCCCUUUGAACCCAGGUUACAUAACUCCCAACAACGCGCUACCCACUAUUAGGCAUAUACCCUCCAAGAUACUUGCCUCGAUGUCGAGACUCGAACCUUCCGUCCUCGGUCCCGAACGCCCAACGUGUUCACAAGAUACCUGUCUCCCCCCAAGUGCGGAACAUCUCCCCUACCAAUAUGGACUUACUCUUGAUCCUGUGAUAGCCUCAAACGAUCUAUUGUAUGCGUUAAGCGAGCUGCUCUUUUUCGUUGCCUGCAAUGAAGUUCAAUUCUUGAACUUGAUUGAACAGCGAAUAGCCACGCUUAUGGAUGGUUUCAAGGGAUAUGAAUCAAUUGUGUUGGAGGAACUCAACUAUGCUAUGCGUCUGUUACAGAGCCGCGCGCGGCAUAUCGCCGAUACACAGGCUCUCCUCGAAAACAGUGGUUCUGUUCUCCGUAACGGUGGGGAUAGAAGAGGGAGGCGGUCUCGUGCGCCGUCGAUGUCGGACGAUCAGAAUUCUUGUCGCUGUUCAGAGGCACUGCAUGCGGAAUCUCUGCUAGUUGAGGAUUUCGCGUACUUGGCACGGCGAGCAACUGCGCUGAUUACCCAGGCAAGGGACGGGAUGACAGUCGUAUCGAACACGGUAAUGCUAGAAGAGUCUCGGCGCGCAAUUAGCAAAACAGUUCGAUUGGAAAAACUUACUCUACUUACAUUUUUCUUCCUCCCUUUAUCGCUAACGACGUCUUUCUUCGGAUGUAACUUUCGGGAGUUAGGCGGAACGGGGCAAUUGAGUAUUUGGGUUAUGUUUCUCACCCUACUUCCCGUCAUGUCGCUGACAGCAGUGCUGUGCUUCUGGGAUCAUAUCUCGGCUAUAGAAUGGACCAGGAAGCUACGACUUUCUAAGAACUAGAUUGGUCGCGAGAGAUAUGGAAUACGUGUAACGAUGUAACGUUUAUGUCUCACAAUAGUUAUGAAAA